CGCGUUCGUACGUACGUCCGUGAUCAAGCCCGCGGCAUUGUGCGCGUGCGCCUCCACGUCUGCACCCGCUGAGCGCUCCCUAACGCCAGCAGCGGCUUCGUGUGAGGCUGGAGCGCCGUGUUCGACGCACCUGCGCUGGUAGAAAGGAGAGCGAAACCAACGGUGGCCAGUUUUGGGGGACUUAAACCGCUUUGGACCAGUUUGGGAUUUAAUUCCUCCUCUAUUGGGACUUUUAUAGUUGGAUUUCAAUCGACUCCAGCUACUGGAGCUUUGAGCUGAGGCAUCAGAUUCGCCUCUGCAGCAGUGUGAUAACACUGUCCAUUGUUCCAGAUGCUGGGAUUCUGUUCGACUGAGUAAAGAAAUGUGGGUUAAGUGGAGACCAAGUAUGUGUCCUGCCUAAGGAGAGGAAAUUAACCUUCAAGUGUGCAGUGAUGGAACAUAGAGAGGCUGGCAGAUUGCUUGUCUACCACUGGACAACAUGAAGGAGGACAUCCCAUUUUCCCUGAUAGCCAGAGGAGUCGGGUCUGACCUUUCACCAUGACUGACAUCAUCUGUUUUGAAGUUUAAAAUCUACCAGUGUACGGAGAAGGAAAACAGACUGCCUCACAGUUAAUGGAUGAUAUUCUUGUGAUUUGCUCGAAGACUGUUAGCAACCCAUGACUGUUCUCCUACGACUCCCCAAGUCACUUUGAAAAUCAUAUUUUUUAUAAGAAAUAUUUAUUUAAGUAUAUCUGACGUGAAAAAUAUUGGACAACUUCUUGGAUUCGUAUAUUUUUGCCAAAAUGGAUCUUGUAGGUUUUUCUAUCCAACUGCAGAUAUUCCUCAGCGCAUGUAUGGGACUGGAGUUUCUUGGCAUGCCAGGCCAGUGGGCACGCUACCUCCGCUGGGACGCCAGCAUUCGCGGUGAUCUCAGUUUCCAGUUUAAGACCGACGUGUCUGAGGCCAUGCUGCUGUACUUUGACGACAGCGGCUCUUGCGACUUCCUGCAGCUAGCCGUGGUUGAGGGUCGUUUGCAGCUGCGCUUCAGCAUUGACUGUGCUGAGACCACUGUGGUGUCUGACAGGCGGGUGGACGAUGGUGGCUGGCACUCUGCUGCUCUGAGCCGGUAUAACUUGCACACUGUACUGGCGCUGGAUGGCCAAGCCCGAGGGGAUCAGGUGAGGCCCCAGCGUCAGUUCAUGAAGAUUGUCAGCGACCUGUUCGUGGGUGGUGUGCCUCUGGACAUUCGCAGCGGAGCGCUCACGCUACCCAAUGUGCGGGACCUGCCACCUUUCCGGGGCACAAUCACGGACCUCAAGUAUGGCUCCAAUAAGCCUCAAUUCCUGGGAAGCUUCAAAGUGCAGCUGGAGUCUGAGGGCUGGUGUACCGACAACCCAUGUGAGAAUGGAGGCAUGUGCAUGGUGGUCGAUGGAGAACCUGUCUGUGACUGCUCCAAGACUGAAUAUAAAGGCCGCCUCUGCAAUGAAGAGGUCAGCAGCAAAAUUCCAGGCCUUGCGCAUAUGAUGGCAGAACAAGCUAAAAGCAAAGCACGAGAAGAGAACGUGGCCACAUUCCGUGGCUCGGAAUACUUCUGCUACGAUCUUUCCCAGAACCCCAUCCAGAGCAGCAGUGAUGAGAUUACGCUCUCCUUCAAGACGUGGCAGCGCAAUGGCCUCAUCCUUCACACGGGCAAGUCUGCCGACUAUGUCAACCUGGCGCUGAAGGAUGGUGCUGUGUCACUGGUCAUCAACCUGGGCUCUGGAGCGUUCGAAGCUAUUGUGGAGCCGGUCAACGGGAAGUUUAACGAUAACUCGUGGCAUGAUGUGAAAGUAACCCGGAACUUGCGUCAACAAUCAGGCAUUGGAUACGCCAUGGUAACAAUAUCAGUGGAUGGAAUUCUGACAACGACAGGCUACACCCAGGAGGACUACACCAUGCUAGGCUCUGACGACUUCUUCUAUGUGGGUGGAAGUCCAAGCACAGCAGAUCUACCAGGCUCUCCUGUUUCAAACAACUUUAUGGGCUGUCUAAAGGAGGUUGUAUAUAAGAACAAUGACAUACGUCUGGAACUGUCCCGGUUGGCCCGAAUUGUGGAUCCUAAAAUGAAGAUACAGGGCGAGGUUUCCUACAAGUGUGAAAACGUAGCAACACUGGACCCCAUAUCCUUCGAGACCCCUGAGGCUUUUAUCAGCUUGCCCAAGUGGAACACCAAAAGGAUGGGGUCUAUAUCCUUUGAUUUUCGAACGACAGAGCCCAAUGGCCUCAUUCUCUUCACUCAUGGCAAACCCCAAGAACGGAAAGAUGCUAACCGCAGCCAGAAGAACACCAAGGUGGAUUUCUUUGCCGUGGAGCUGCUGGACGGAAGCUUGUACUUGUUGUUGGACAUGGGUUCCGGAACGAUUAAGGUGAAAGCCACUCAGACAAAGGUCAAUGAUGGAGCCUGGUACCAUGUGGACAUCCAGCGGGAUGGACGGUCAGGCACCAUCUCAGUGAACAGCAGGAGAACUCCGUUCACAGCGAGUGGUGAGAGCGAGAUCUUGGACCUGGAAGGUGACAUGUACCUGGGUGGGUUGCCCAGUGACCGCACCAACCUCAUUCUGCCCACCGAGCUGUGGACGGCCAUGCUGAAUUACGGCUACGUCGGCUGCAUACGGGACCUCUUCAUUGAUGGGCGUAGUAAGGACAUCCGUCAGAUCGCAGAGGCCCAGAACGGCGCUGGUAUCAAACCAUCGUGCAAUAAGCAGCCGGGCAAGCAGUGUGAGAGCUACCCGUGCAAGAAUCGAGGCAUCUGUAAAGAGGGCUGGAACCGCUUCAUCUGUGACUGCACCGGCACUGGCUACUGGUCACGGACCUGUGAUAGAGAGGCCUCCAUCCUCUCCUACGACGGCAGCAUGUACAUGAAGGUGGUGAUGCCGACGGUAAUGCACACUGAAGCUGAGGACGUCUCCCUCCGUUUCCGCUCACAGCGAGCCUACGGCCUUCUCAUGGCUUCCACUUCCAGUAACUCAGCCGACACGCUCAGGCUGGAGCUGGAUGGCAGUCGAGUCAAACUGACAGUCAACUUAGACUGUAUCAGGAUAAACUGUAACUCCAGCAAGGGACCGGAGAUGCUGUAUGCCGGGCAAAAGCUCAAUGAUAAUGAAUGGCAUACAGUGCGAGUGGUGCGCCGAGGCAAAACCUACAAGCUUAUCGUUGAUGAUGAUGUAGCAGAAGGACAAAUGGUGGGUGACCACACCAGGUUGGAGUUCCAAAACAUUGAGACUGGCAUCAUGACUGAGAGGAAGUUUUUGUCCAGCAUUCCCUCCAGCUUCAUCGGACAUCUGCAAAGCCUCAGAUUCAACGGCAUGCUCUACAUUGAUCUGUGCAAGAACGGCGACAUCGAUUAUUGCGAACUCAACGCGCGCUUUGGGGUCCGCUCCAUCAUCGCAGACCCGGUCACAUUCAAGUCCAAGAGCAGUUACCUGAGCCUGGCCACUCUGCAGGCCUACGCCUCCAUGCACCUCUUCUUUCAGUUCAAGACCACCUCUCCUGAUGGCUUCAUCCUCUUCAACUCUGGAGAUGGGAAUGACUUCAUCGCCGUGGAGCUGGUCAAAGGCUACAUCCAUUAUGUGUUUGACCUUGGGAACGGGCCAAAUCUGAUAAAGGGGAAAAGUGCACGGGCUCUGAAUGACAAUCAGUGGCACAACGUGGCCAUCACCCGGGACAACAGCAACACACACACACUGAAAGUGGAUGCAACCACGACAAGCCAGAGCAUCAACGGAGCCAAAAACCUGGAUUUGAAGGGAGAUUUAUUCAUCGCAGGACUGGGCCCAGGAAUGUACGGAAACCUCCCCAAGUUGGUGGCUUCUCGAGAGGGCUUUCAGGGCUGCUUGGCCUCUGUGGACCUAAACGGACGUCUCCCAGACCUCCUUAGCGACGCCUUGUUCCGUAGUGGCCAGAUUGAGCGCGGAUGCGAAGGUCCUAGCACCACGUGUCAGGAGGACUCCUGCGCCAACAUGGGCAUCUGCAUCCAGCAGUGGGAGAACUACACCUGCGACUGCUCCAUGACGUCCUAUACUGGCACACAGUGCAAUGACCCUGGUACAACUUAUAUCUUUGGCAAGGGAGGCGGUUUGAUCACCUUCAAGUGGCCAGCGAAUGAACGCCCCAGCACCAGGACAGACAGGUUGACUGUCGGCUUCAGUACCUCUCUGAAAGAUGGAAUCCUGGUGCGGAUAGACAGCGCGCCAGGUCUGGGGGAUUAUCUCAUGCUGCACAUACAACAAGGCAAGAUCGGUGUGACGUUCAACAUUGGAACAGUGGACAUCAGCGUCCAGGAGAGCAGUACGCCAGUCAAUGAUGGGAAGUAUCAUGUGGUGCGGUUCACCAGAAAUGGUGGCAAUGCCACACUGCAGGUGGACAACUGGUCCAUCAAUGAACAUUUCCCAUCAGGGAACAGUGACAUUGAGCGCUAUCAAAUGGCCAAUAAGAAAAUUCCUUUCAAAUACUCCAGACCUGUAGAAGAGUGGCUACAAGAAAAAGGUCGGCAGUUGACAAUUUUCAACACUCAAGCCACAGUUGCAAUUGGAGGCAGUGAUCACAGCCGACCAUUUCAAGGCCAACUUUCUGGCCUUUAUUACAACGGCCUGAAGGUUCUGAACAUGGCCUCGGAGGGAAACCCCAACAUCAAGAUCAAUGGCAGUGUGAGGCUCGUAGGUGAUGUCCCUGGAUCAGGGGGCUCUUCUAGGACCACAGCCAUGCCUUCCGACCUGUCCACCACUUUCAUUGAGACCACCACCAUGAUGUCCACAACCACCACACGAAAACACAGAUCUUCAUCGACUGUGCAGCAUUCGUCAGAUGACAUUGGGUCAUCUGCAGAGUGUUCAAGCGACGACGAAGACCUGGAGGAGUGUGAGACCAGUCAUACAGGAGCUGAAUUAGUCAAUCCAGUACUAGAGGAUCCAUUAGCGCACCCCUCUGUAGUCCGUGCACCGUUCAUUCCCUCUCCCUCAACACACCACCUCACCAUUAAUGCGACCGCCAAAGAGUCCGUGUCCGAGGCCACUGAGGCGGGGGUACCAUGCUUGUGGGACCGAGGCAGCAAUGAUUGUGAUGAUGAUGGCUUGGUGAUACCGGGGUAUGGCUCUGGGGAAGCGAUCAAGUCAAACCUGCCCCCUACCGCUGAUGAAGAUUUUGACUCGGCCUUCUCCACGGUAACAGAUAUGACCUUGACCACGGCGGCCUUUGAUGGUGGCUACAGCUCCAAGACUUUUAGACAUAACACCCCAUCUGUCUUCAGACGCGGUAGGACUACAGCUACCGCCGUACCACUAGCCGCCGACCAGAGCCGCACCACCGCCACCUCUGCCUUCACCGAUACCCUCACCAUGGCUCCCGGUACAAUGAAUAGCCGUGAGCUAAAACCCCGGCCUGGCCUAGUGUUGCUUCCAUUGCCCACAUCCUUUGAGGUAGACGGCAGCAAGCUGAGGGGCCAUCUAAUAACCUCCCCCAUGUUCCAUAAUAUACCCACAGCACUCCCCACAGAGCCCGGCGUCAGGCGAGUUCCAGGGCCUUCGGAAGUGGUCCGGGAAUCUAGCAGCACCACCGGGAUGGUCAUCGGAAUUGUUGCGGCCGCCGCCCUGUGCAUCCUCAUCCUUCUUUAUGCCAUGUAUAAGUACAGGAACAGGGAUGAAGGCUCCUACCAGGUGGACGAAAGCAGGAACUACAUCACCAACUCAGCUGUGCAGAGCAAUGGCGCUGUGAUGAAGGACAAACAGCAGAGCUCUAAGGGCAGCAACAAAAAGCAGAAAAAUAAAGAUAAGGAGUAUUACGUGUGACUGAGUGACGAGAGAAUCACACUUCUUUCCUCGCCAGGAGGUAUGACAAAUGAUGGUAUAACAUGGAACUUGAAUAAUACUCUACUGUGCUGAGUAGUAGAACUGUCAAGUACUGUAAAAUAAAGCACACUUACUAUUGUAAGCAUAACAAGAUGGCUAACUAGCAACUUUAGAAACCUUCUAUCUGGUCAGAGACGUUAUCAGCAUAGAGAUAUUUCCCAGCCACAUCAUUCUCCCAAGUGACUUUUAGAGCAAUGUGAUCCUCAGCAUUUAACACAAAAAUAUAUACAUCUGUUUUUUGUUUGAUUGUUAUUUUGUAAAAUAACAAAAACAAUAACAAAAAAAAAUCAUAAUCUUGACCAUUUUCAGCAUGUAAACGACAUGUAGAUUUUAACAGAUGGGGAUCAAGCACACGGCGGAAAGGGACUCUUGUUGUGUUGGACAAAGAUUUCUAUGCUUUAUACAUAAAACACAUGUGGUGUCUUACUCAUGUUUGCUUCAAGCAAGAGGAAAAAAAGAAGAUUCACUGUAUAAAACAAAACAAAAGUGAGCAAAUGGGACAGACAAUGUUUGCUCUUUGAACCUGAGCGAUCUUGUCAUUGGACAAGACUGAUUUUCUUUGACGAAAAGUUGAUGGUUCUCACAGUUAUGAGGUGAUCGGAAAAAUGCAUGCCGUCCGGACUCAACGGUCCAGUCCAGUGUUGGACUCCGAUGCUACAAUUUGGAUAAUUCAGCUUGAACACAGCCCCUCUGGAAAUGUUUAAAUGCGAGGGAUGGAAAAAAAAAAUCUGGAUCUCUUGAUGUAGAGGUCAGUUGUUUAGGCACAACCAGUGGUCUUUUAUUGCAAAACUGUAUGUUGGUUCAUCGUUCUCUUUUUCUAUGGCGGUGUCUGGAAAAACACAAAUGCAGUACUACGACAUUGUUUCAAAUGUGUAUCCGGAAAUAAAUGGUGAAAGUGUGAAUUCUAUCUACUGUCACAGUCAACUGUGUGGAAAAAAAAAAGAAAAAAUGAGAGAUUUGUUUACAUAUUUUAUUACAUGCUAGCCAUUGUACUUUGUAGGUAGGAAAUUGUACAUAUACCAUGACAGUUGUAAUUUUUUAGUACCUCUAUUGUACAGGCUUAACAGCAUAUUUCAUGACGGAAAUCUAUUAACUGUUAAAUAAACUCAAAUCAGAAUGUGGAAAAUAUUAUUGAUAUUUCAGAUGGAAUACAAAUAUAUUGUUAGCCUAGAGAUACAAGCACAGCUGUUUCGAAAGUUGCAUGAAUAUUUAUCUACCUAUUCAGCAUAUUUCUCGGUCCCUUCUUCUGUACUAUGGCUUUCUUACCCUGGGCUGCUUUAUGCUUUACCAACCAGAAUAAAGUCCAAUGGAGGCUGUGAACUCAAAGGUUCCGUUCAAAUGGAUGAUUUUACUUUCAUUAUUUUCCUUCCAGGUUGGCAUGGAAUGUUGACUUUCCAUCAUCAGUUUUGUUUAACACGUGAAGACCUUAACCUUUGAGCUUCAUUAAAAAUAGAAUAUUAGUAUAAUCUAAAAUGAUGAGAAAGCGCAGUGUCAUCUUGGAGUCGAUGGGGAAACAAGGACUAAAAAAGACAACAUAAAAGUUGUACUGAAUUAUUUUCAACAUUUCAAUAUCUAUUCAUCAAUAACUAUUUAUUGUAUUUUAAUGGUUUUCCAGUAAAUUUGUAGAGAGGAGUCCUCUCAAGUUAGACAAUCUGCUUCAAGAGGAAUUUGCAGCAAACACAACAAACAGAUGAACGUCAGCUGCCUUUCUGAACAGUGAUCACCAGGGAUCCCAGUCAACACAGCUCUGUCUUUAGCAGACGCAAUCCAUGUGAGUUCCCCUUCCGCAGGUUCUUCUGUAUCUCAUGUGACGUGCUGACUCAGUGAAAACAACCGGAAAAUGUAAUGUACACUGCCAACACAAAUAAAGCCAA